AUGGCCGUACAAGAACAUUCCCUAACUUUCCCUGGUUUCGCCCUUCAUCAGUCAAUUCAGACACUUGUCCUUUUUACCUCGAUCCUGCUGCGGACCGCUUAUCCGCAGGACCCUCCGGCUUACCCUUUUGACUGGAUUAAAUACGUUGGCACUACGCCGGUUCUUAGUAUCCGUAUUCCAUUGGAAAUGUCGGAAGAGGCCGGUCAGGCCACCAGGUCCUCCAAAGACCCAAACGGGACGCCCAGCCAGGACUCAACUAGUACUUGGGAUGCCCGUUACGAUCGUCCGCCUUACAUCAUGCGGUCAGCAUGGCAGUGGAAGAUCCACACGGACUCCCUAGAUUCGGAAUUUUUGGGUACCUGGACAGACUACAAUGUGCAUCCCUCGCUGCGUAAAAAGUUAAAAAGGGUUAACCCCUCAAUCGCCAGCAUCGAUUGGCAAUAA